CACAAGUGUUAGGAACACGGGCAUUCUCAUUGCCAUUUCUAUUAGUAGGAAGAACCUAAUUCGUCAGCUUCUUGGGAGUCACCGGCAUAAAAGAACAGCAGAAGACAUCACGUCCCCAUGAAAUCGUUCAGUCUGAUAUCAUCCAUAGUCAGUACCGAAUGGCCUGCCUCCAGAGAUUUAUGGGAAGCAUGGGGCAUCCAAUCGCUGGUCGCCAUGAGUCUCACUUGCCAGAUCACCCUCGCCAUCUUCGGCAGCCGCCGGAGGUACAUGACCUCGAGCAUCAUCAAAUACGUCAUCCAAAUCACCUAUUUGCUCUCUUCUUACUUCGUGACUAUCGCCAUUGGCAAGCUCACUGUUGUCCAGAUCGAGCAUUCUGAUCGACCGGACUACAUUACCGAGCUCAAGGGGUUGCUUGCACCGUUGCUCUUGAUGCAGCUUGGGAACCCCGACUCCAUAACUGCAUACUCGGUUGAGGACAACCGCCUCAGUUACCGACAGAUGCUGAGUUUGUUUGUCAGGGCCGUUUUCGUCUUCUGCAUCCUGAUUCGCUGCUGGGACAGCACGUCCCCCAUCCGAUUUUUGUACUUCCCCUUGUUUGCUGCUGGGAUCAUUCGAGCAGCGGUGACGGUUUGGGCCAUCACGUACGUAUACUGGAAGGGGUCGAGCAUAUCAGCCGAGGAUAUCUUCGAUGAGGAAACUGUUGGCAAGUUUUUCGACAGGCCUGACGGGCCCAGAUGGUCGAUUGAGCAAAUGAUCAUCUUGAAGGCGUAUCAUCGGUUCGAUUGCCUCAAGCCCCACAUUGUAAACUGGCUCUACCACCCAGAGUCGCUAUCAAAAUCUCGAUUAACUCUAGAGCGCGAUUUAACCUUCAUCACAACUGAGGUCGAACUUGGAUUCAUGUAUGACGUACUUUACACUAAGCAACCAAUUCUCUAUAAGGCGCCUGGUCUUAUCUGCCGCUUCACUAGCUUUUCCUGUCUAGUCUCAGCCUUGUGUGGAUUCGCCGUUAUUUUCAAGAGUGCCUUCUUUAUUGACGUGUACAUCACCUACACUUACGCCUUGUUGAUAGGAGUCACCGUCCUAGAAGGUUACCAAAUUGUUCUGCAACCUUUUUCGGCAUGGGCCAUUGUCGCGAUGAGCCAUAUAAACUGCCUCAUGUCGACAAGGCUAUUGAAAUCCUUAGCUAAAAGGUAUAUGAAGAGGGAAAGGUGGUCAAACUCAGUUGGGCAAGUCGACUUGUUGGAUCAGAGCCUAUACAAUGACCGCUCAUGGUCCAUUGGGAGACUCCUCAAACACUCCGGCAAAAAAUAUGUGACCUGGAGAAAGCAUUGCUCUCACCUGAAAAUCCCUGGCUAUCUCAAGGUAUUGCUGGUGGAAAAUAUGGAAAAGUUCGACAUGAUCAGAGACAAAAAGCCCUUCACCAAACACGGUGAGUGGACACUUGAAGCUCACAUACACUGGGGCGACAUGGAGUGGACACAGAAAGCCAUUGAUGUGUUAAAAAAAUACAUUUCCACACCAUUUGACAAAAGCAUCAUCAUUUGGCACAUUGCAACGCACAUCUGCCUUUUAGAGCCUGAUAAUUCUCCAGACUGUAAGGGAAGCGAACUGCUAUCCAAAUACAUGAUAUACCUUCUAGCACUACGACCCUAUACAUUGUCCCUAACGACUGCCAAAAUUACAUUGGAGCAUGCUUGCGCCAUAUUGAAGCCAUUUCUCAGGUACAGAGACCGCAGUGAGGCCUUGAAGACAUUGUCGUCAGAAGAGAAUGUGCCUGAACCCUUCCUGGAUCAGAAGGGUACCAUAAUCACCAGGAACUGGCACGUGCUGUUGGACGCAAAGGAAUUGGCUGCAACACUGAAGGGCAAGAACAACAAGUGGCAGAUCAUAAGCAGCAUUUGGGUGGAGAUGUUGUGCCAUGCUGCGUAUAAUUGUCAAGCUUACCAUCACACGAUACUGUUGCGGCAAGGCGGAGAGCUUAUAACUCAUGUUUGGCUGCUCUUGAUGCACAUGACUGAUAAGUACUCCCACACUCCCAAGGAGAAACCCACCUAAGAAACCAGAUAAAAGUUGCAAAAUAAAUCAUGAUCCUAGGAUUCGUUAUGCUCUGCAUCCGAUUGUAGCAUGGGGUAUGUGUGUUCUCUCUUUUUGUUCUUGGUAAAAAGGUGCUUUCUUAGUAAAAUCAGUGUAAUCGCAUUCAGCUAAGAGACUUGUCAAUGAAGCAUAGUGACAUAUAUGUUGGAUGUAGAUCCAUUAUAUACAA